AUGCCUUUGUUGUUUUCAGAUUAUGUGCAUUCUCUGCAGAGGCACCGCAGCACAAAACAGAAACGUCUUAAUCAUCUGCAACAUCGCACACCACAGGAAAUGUUACUGCGUCUCAGAAGAUCAACUGUAGUGGGAUAUUCCACGAUUGAGCGUACGAAGCUACCACACAUUGACACCAUUUUUGAUUUGCCUGUGUUUGCUCCAUACUUCCAAGAAUUAUCGUCCAUAUCGCCGGUCGCAAUGCGCUUCGUAAGGCUUUUUGCAGCUAGCCUUGCCGUUAUCACUUUUGAUAAUGCAUUUAGCUCACCGUAUGUAGGCGAUUUGGACCUGAAGGUCAUGAGUUUCAAUCUUCGCACCUCGAUUGCCAACGACCCAUGCCCAAGCGGCUGUUGGGAGGAACGAAAGUGGAGAGUAAAGCAGCUUUUAGAAAGAUAUGAGCCAGAUCUCAUCGGCACCCAAGAAGGAGCCCCUGACCAAAUCGAAUUUUUUCAAAGCCAGCUUUCGUUCGCAAGUACUGGAGAGUGUGCGGGCGAUUGCCAAUGGAAUGAGCGCAACAGCAUUUUCUAUAGGCUUGAUCGUUGGGAACUGCUAGAAACAGCGACUUUUGCAUUGAGCAAUACGCCUGCUGUGCUGCCUUCUAACACAUGGGGUCUUGAAUAUCUCCGUGCUGCGGUCAUUGCACGCUUUCGUGACAAGAAAAUCAAUCGUGUGGUAUGCAUGCUAAACACGCACUUUGAUAUCAGACUUGGUCAUUCUCAGUCGGCAGUUCUGGUCGCUAAACAAUUAAGCCAGCGCUGUCAACCAGAAGACACUGUGCUUAUGACGGGAGACCUAAAUACUGGGACUCAAAGCUCUGCGGUCCAGUACAUCAUCGGUCAGGACCCAAUUGAUGAGGGCUUUACACCCAUCCCAAUGUACGAAACUUUGACUGCUGCAAGUGCGGACGGGCCUACGUGGAUUGGGUCUUCAUUUGGGAACCAUGUAGUAGGCAGCAAGCUUGAUUACAUUUUUUCUCGCCGGGAUAAUCACACAUGUCUACGAAACGCCACAAUUUUGACUGACACUUUUGACGGAUAUUCCAGCUCAGAUCACGCAGUGUUGUUGUCCAAAUUCUGCCUUGGAACCGAGUGCGUAAGUUGCAUCGCGUAG